CAAAACCCAAUUUCCUCUUAACAUGUUACAGAAGGAACUUAUGAAGGGAGUGAAUUAAAAAGACAAACUCUAGAUCAAAGCUCGGUGGACAGCUUGGCUACAAGUGAGAAUUUCAAAUGGAGUCAGCAGUUUCUCAAAUUCUUCGACCUGCAGCAACACUAACCAGCUUCACCACUGGCCUGAGUGAUACCACAGAAGCAAACACGACUCGCGCAGAAACAAAUGCUUCCUGUGAUUUUUCAAAGAUCCCCUCCCACCCUGUUUUCAUAUUUGCAUACUCACUACUCUUUCUUGUCAGUCUGGUCCUUAACUGUGUCACAAUGCGGGUGUAUUUCUGCACCAAUCAGCGUGUCCAGUCCAGUGUUACAGUCUAUAUGAAGAACCUGGCCGCAGCUGACUUCUUCCUUUGCCUUUGUUUGCCUUUGCGCAUUGCUAACUAUGCCAACAGUUCAGAUAUAAUGCGUGAUAUUUACUGCAGCUUUGGAGCAACAGCAUUCUAUAUAAACAUGUAUGCAAGCAUUCUCUUCAUGGACUUUAUUGCUGCAAACAGGUACCUGAAGAUUGUCCGGCCAUUGGAGACUCAUGCUCUGCGGACGGUUCGUACAGCUCAACACAUUUCCAUAGGAACUUGGCUUUCCCUGUUAGCCGUGUCUUCUAUCUACUUGAUCCUCUUUCUCCUGACCUCCUGGGGUCACGUUCAGAAGCCUGAGAAAAGCGGCUGCGAGGCCUUACACAGUCCCCAGCUCAGUCUGGUCUACAAAGUCACUCACAGUGUGUCUAUGGCGCUCUUCACUUUUGUGCUGGUGUCUCUGAUUGCUAUGUACUGGGGCACUUUGCAAAAGAUCAGACAGGCUCAGCUGUCCACACAGACCACAUCCAGAAGCCAUAAAUUCAGGAAAUCGAAGCGUAACAUGCUGGUGCUUGUGGUGGUUUUUUGUGUGUGCUUUGUGCCCUACCAUUUGGUUAGGCUGCCUUACGCCUUCAUCAAACCUCAGACGAAACCCUGCAUGGCUCAGACGUUCUACGUCCUGAAGGAGCUGUCUGUCCUGCUAUCGGUGCUAAAUGCCUGUCUGGAUCCACUUAUAUACUUUAUCUUUUGCAAGGCCUUCAGAGCUCAGCUAAGCCUCAGGAAGAUGUCAGAUUUUCAGAGAGACAGCGAUGAUAGAGGCCAGCAAAGAAGAAUAAACAACAUGUUGAGCUACAUUGAGACAAAGAUAUCCACGUUACGACGUGAAAGUGUCACUUAAUACAGAUUUACAUUUAUGCAUUUAGCAGACACUUUUAUCCAAAGUGACUUACAGUGCAUUCAGGCUAACUUUUUUUCUUUUUUUUUCUUUACCUAACAAAAGUUCCCUGGAGGGAUUUCAAUUUGUCUUACUAACAAUGAAACGAUCUGUGCGAUGUAGAUGAUGACUCAUCAAAUCUAACACAGUGUAAUACAUUAUCUCAUAAGGUUUAUUCCUUUUUCGCAUGCAACAUUUUAUUUUCUCUUUCGUUAUGAUUACAGCAUGCAGAUUUUAUCAUCUGUUCUACCUGACCACCAAACCAGAAACCGGAAUUGUGGAUAUGCUUUUAUAAGUUUUAGUGCAAUAUCACUAAUAUAUGAAUAAACAUAACAG